AUGGGUAAUCUCUGCGGCAAACAGUCCAAAGACAACUUCGAAGGCCAAGGGCGCACACUCGGGUCUGCGCCUGCGCCCGCGACCAAAGCAUCUGUGCCGAACAAUGUUGCGCCGGCGAAGCCCAAGGUCGGAGGACCAGCGCGGACGCUAGGAGACAGCAACCGCGAAGAUGAUCCGAAGGCUGCCGCCGCUGCAGCAGCAGAGGCACGCGCAAACAAAGCCACAUCCGGCGACCUCCAGAAGAAGCUCGACGCCCAGAAGCGGCAGACGAACAACCAGACCCUCCAACAAGCUGCCAACGAGAGCCGUCUAGCUCGAGAAGCCGACCAAGCGACCGAGACAAGGAACUACAACUGA